UCUUAGAUUGCAUAAAUCCUCAGUUCCUCUUGUCCUAAGCUAAAAUUGGUAUUUUGAUUUACAGCUUUCAAGCACUAAACAUUACUGUGGGGUUUCGUUUGCGAAGGUUUUAGGAUCAGAGGAAUGACUACUUAUGGUGCACUAAUUUCCCUUCAGAACACAAUUGACCAUAUUCUCCAUUCGUCUCGUAUUAGCCUGGUUGGCCACUCUAUAGAAAUCAUUGUUGUUGCAUACAAGGCGUUGCAGCCGUUGAAAGAAAUUCUGGAAAGAUUGGACAGCACAAGCAAGAGCAGAAGCCGGAAGAAGGUGAAUGAUUUGGAUCUACGAAUCAAAGAGAGAGUUUGGGACUUCGAAGACUUGUUGGAAUCCCUCAUCUCAGAGAAGAUUCUUUCACAAUCUAAAAGUAGUGGGGAUAAAGAAAAGGAUGUAUUGGUAUUCGCUAUUGAUCUACAGGGCCUACAAGGUGAUGUUGGUUCCUUGAUCCGGUCACUCAAGGAUAUGGAGGAGGAAUACAUUUACGAAUUAGAAAAUAUGGCUGAAGACAACGAGGCUAGUUCCUCAAUGAUUGGUUUUAGUGGAACAAAGUCAAAGAUGAUUGGAUUAUGGGAUGAGUUAGAAGAAGUCAAGAUGAAUCUUCUGCGUGAGUUUUUUGGAAAGGAUGUUUUUGUACUUGUUGGAAUGGCUGGCGUUGGGAAGACCAUUGUUGCAAAGAAACUCUAUCAGGAUCCACAAAUCUUGAGCCAGUUCGAGUGUCGUGCAUGGGUCACAAUAGGCAGAAAGCCUCGACUUAGUCAAGUUUCACAACACAUUCUAGCUCAGCUCAUUGAUGGAGAUGGAAAAGUAGGCAAAAGGAGACUGAAGGGCAAGAAAUGCCUCGUUGUGUUGGACGAUGUGUGGGAGAGAGAGGUGUUGGAUUACUUGAUAAGUAACUUACCACCAAUUGAAAAUGGAUUUGUUCAAAUCUUAGUUACUGCUCGAGAUAGAAGCGGGAUUAUAAAUAUCACCUCAGAGAAUGGUUUUUAUAAUCACCCAGACGUAUUUGGUCCUACUUUCAAAGUGGUGCGGUUUUUGAGUGAAGUAGAGAGUAAGAAGCUACUAUGUGAGAAGGUGUUUGGUGAACCGGAUUGCCCUCAUCAACUUGACAAAGCCGCAACCAAAAUUGCCAAGAAAUGUGAAGGUCUUCCUCUUAUGAUACUCGCUGUUGCUGACAUCUUAUCAAAAUCCCAUCUAAAAGAUGACCCCAAUUACUGGGAUGAGGUUGCAGAAGAAAGAAAUGCAGUCUUCAAGGAUGCAUACGAGGAAAUAACAGAGGUAUUUUUCCCAAGUUACGACUACUUACCUCAAUAUCUUAAAAUGCCUUUUCUGUAUAAGGGAGUCUUUCCUCAUGGUUAUGAUUUCCCACCAUCCAAGAUCAUGAAUAUGUUGACAGCUGAGGGCUGGUUUCUUCACACAAGCAAAAAGCAAUCUUUGGAAGGAUCUGUUUGGGAAUGUUUGCACGAGCUUUGUACUUCUAAGAAUCUUGUUUUAUUCAACAAAAAGAGCAUCUUUUGGCAUGAGAAAACAAGUUAUUGUCGCAUGUAUAAAAUCUGUCGGCUUCAUUCUACAUGGCGGCAUGUGUGUAGAGGAGAAGCUUCGAAGAACAAGUUUUAUCAAGUCUUAAAGAAGCUUGUUGAUGAUGAAGAUAUAAAAGGCCAUCGCUGCUUGUGUUUUGAAAAUAAUAUUUUAUUUGGCAUCAAAGGAUUUUGCAAAUCUGUGGAACUGAACUAUAUACGCUCUGUCCUUUUUUUGGGUCCUUACCACCAAUAUCCAAUCCCAGUAGAUGUCGGUUUCAGUUUGCUUAGGGAACUAGAUGCUCUUAACCUGCGUUUCUACACUUUCCCAUCAGAAAUUUUGGCUCUAGUCCACCUAAAGUACCUUGCUCUAACUUGCAAUGGACAACUCCCUGCAACCAUAUCCAAACUUUUCAAUCUUCGAGUCUUGAUUGUCCAUCCACACGUCAACAUCAAACGUUUUGAUGACCCCUCAUACGUGCCAAUACAAAUAUGGGAUAUGCAAGAGUUAGAGCACAUUGAGAUCUUGGGAAAGAGCCUUUUAGCCCCACAUCAUAUUGCUUCUUUGGAAAAUCUUUUGACACUUGUAGGUGUAAAUGCUAAUAUUGGCACUAUCUUGGAACUCUCCAGAAAAAUUCCUAGUGUAAGGAAAUUAAGAGUUCAAAUCGAGCUGAGACCUCGUGAUGACCAUAAUGACCUUCUUAGUUGCUUUCGCAGCAUUUCAACUCUUGAAAGUUUGGAGACUCUGAAAUGUUGUAUCAUAAAUCCUGUGAUUCAGCAUGGCCAUAGUGUCCCUACAACUCAUAGUUCAUUAAUGAUGCCACGUGGAUUGAUAAAGCUACAUUUGAGUGGAAUGGGUUUUCCUUGGAACCACAUGGAUGUCAUAGGCUCUAACUUGCCAUUUCUUCAAGUACUCAAAUUACGAUCCUAUGCUUUUCUGGGUUCAAAGUGGGAUGCACAAGAGGUGAUUUUUCCGAGACUUGAUUUUCUUCUAAUUGAAGACAGUGAUUUGGUAUUCUUGAACUUAAGAUCCACGGGCUUCCCCAAGCUCAGUUACCUAAGCAUGAAACACUGCUAUAAACUGAAAGAGAUCUGCUGGCCGCCAGUGUCUGGUCGUAGACACAGAAAGAUUGAAUUAGUGGAUUGCAGUCCUUCAGCUUUGAAUUGUGCCCAGCAAUUGCUACUGAGUCAAGAUGGCAUUGUUAAUGUUAUUGCCUCUACAACUUUUGAUGAGAAGCCGGUGACUUCCGAGUUCCAAAGUUACGGAAAACCACAGACGCAAUGGCCAGCCACAGACCCCAUUUCAUUAUUUUUUUCCAGCCCUGAGUCUACAAAGCCAAAACAGUCACUGUCAAUCUCAGCGACCUCUGAGCAUGUGUUUUGGAUUGCAGUAAUCAUAUUCCUGACAAGUAUUGCUUGGUCUUCUAAAGUUUUUUUUUCAUUUGUUUUUCUUCUUAUUUUGCUUUCUAUGUAUUUGACUCGGGAAAGCUUAAUGGCGGGGUUUCAUGAGGGUAGUAACAAGGAUGGUAAUGGAGAUUUGCCCGAUGGAGUAGAUGAGAGGGGCAGUAUUCCAGAUUUGUCCGAUGAAGGAGAGGGCGAGGACGGUGAUGGAGAUUCGGCUGAUGGAGUAGAGGAGAGGGGCAGUAUUCCAGAUUUGUCCGAUGAAGGUGAGGGCGAGGACGGUGAUGGAGAUUCAGCCGAUGGGGUAGAGGAGAGGGGCAGUAUUCCAGAUUUGUCCGAUGAAGGUGAGGGCGGAGACGGUGAUGGAGAUUCGGCCGAUGGAGUAGAGGAGAGGAAUGAUAUUCCUGAUUUGAUUGAUGAAGGUGAGGACGAGGACGAGGACGAUGGCAGUGAUGGAGAUUCGGCCGAUGGAGGAGAGGAUGAUGAAGGUAAAAUCUAUGUGAAUAUGUGAAAGGAAGAGAGUAGUAGCUUUGUAAGAAAUAUGUGAGCUCCUAAGAAAGCGGGAAGUUAUAUAGACAAUCAUCACUUUGGAUUUAGGUUGUAAUAGCCACUUGUUCCAUUACCUAGCCACUUGUUUAAGCAUUUCUUAUGUACAGUUCCUC